GGAAGUUGUGGAGGAAGGACUAAGUUGAAACCAAUUGCGUGGCGCCUGAGGGCUGUAGCGCGUUCAGUGGCGGCGCUGAAGAGACCGGUUGCCGCCAUGAUAGAACAGCAGAAGCGUAAGGGCCCGGAGUUGUCGCUGGUCCCAGUCAAGCGGCAGCGCCAUGAGUUGCUGUUGGGAGCGACGGGGUCGGGCCCCGGAGCCGGGCAGCAGCAGGCGACACCGGGAGCUUUGCUGCAAGCGGGACCUCCAAGGUGUUCCUCCCUUCAAGCCCCAAUCAUGCUGCUCUCUGGACACGAAGGGGAAGUAUACUGCUGCAAGUUCCACCCCAACGGAUCCACCUUAGCAUCUGCAGGAUUUGACCGACUGAUAUUGUUAUGGAAUGUCUAUGGUGACUGUGAUAAUUAUGCCACACUGAAGGGACACAGUGGAGCAGUGAUGGAACUGCAUUACAACACAGAUGGCAGUAUGCUCUUCUCAGCUUCCACAGAUAAAACUGUGGCUGUGUGGGAUAGCGAAACAGGUGAGAGGGUUAAAAGGCUAAAGGGACAUACUUCCUUUGUGAAUUCCUGUUAUCCAGCCAGGAGAGGCCCUCAACUUGUCUGCACUGGCAGUGACGAUGGCACAGUUAAGCUUUGGGACAUCCGGAAGAAAGCAGCCAUCCAGACAUUUCAGAACACAUACCAGGUGCUAGCGGUGACCUUCAAUGACACAAGUGAUCAGAUUAUUUCUGGUGGAAUAGACAAUGAUAUCAAGGUCUGGGACCUGCGCCAGAACAAGCUAACCUACACCAUGAGAGGCCAUGCAGAUUCAGUGACUGGCCUGAGUUUAAGUUCUGAAGGCUCUUACCUCUUGUCCAAUGCAAUGGAUAAUACAGUUCGUGUCUGGGAUGUCCGGCCAUUUGCCCCCAAAGAGAGGUGUGUAAAGAUAUUUCAAGGAAAUGUGCACAACUUUGAAAAGAACCUUCUGAGAUGUUCUUGGUCACCUGAUGGAAGUAAAAUAGCAGCUGGCUCAGCCGACAGGUUUGUGUAUGUGUGGGAUACUACAAGCAGGAGAAUAUUGUAUAAGCUGCCUGGCCAUGCUGGCUCCAUCAAUGAAGUCGCUUUCCACCCUGACGAGCCCAUCAACGGAGUCUUGCUGUGUCACCCAGGCUGGAGUGCAGUGGUGCGAGCUCUGUUCACUGCAACCUCCACCUCCCAGUUUCAAGCUAUUCUCCUGUCUUAGUCUCCCAAGUAGCUGGGAUUACAGUUAUCUCAGCAUCGAGUGACAAGAGACUGUAUAUGGGAGAGAUUCAGUGAAGAUAUGGAAUAGAAGAUUCCAAGGCUGCUUGUGUUUAAGACCUCAGACUGCAUAAGUGACGUCAAAUGUUGGCUGCCCGGGCUAGCACCCUCCCUUCAGAUGACCAUUACUAGCAAGAAACAGAGGAGGCGGUGGCCGUAUUCCAAAAACCACUUCUGUCCCGUUUCACCAGGAUGACUAAGGCAAGCUCCCCAUGGCUUCUAAAAACCACAUGCCAGAUUUCAGGGACUGUUUUAUUUGUUUUCUUUUUCUUGUUUUCUGUUUUCUAAUGCAGGCCCAAUGUGACAAAUUUGUUGGUUGAAAUUUUUUUUUUUUAAGUAACUAGCUUGUAUGAUAUUUUCUCUCUGUAUUUCUCUAAGUCAUUUUGUAUUAAAAGCCAAAUAGAUGCCUUUUUACAAGA